AUGACCUUGCCUUACAGGAAAGUUCUUCUCGUCGGUGCAACAUCGGGAAUAGGCGCUGCCCUGGCAGACAAGCUCGUUGAAAAUGGGACGUUUGUCAUAGCUGCGGGUAGACGAAAGGAGAACCUUGACAAGUUCGUGGCCAAACACGGAACCCACAGGGCUGCAGGAAUCGUGGUUGAUAUCCUCAAACUUGACUCGACUCCUCAAUUCGUGGAAGCCGUUCUCAAAGAACACCCCAGCCUGGACUGUGUCUUCCUCAAUGCUGGUGUUCAGCGAGGAUUAGACUUCACGAAGCCUGAGAGCGUCAGCCUCGACGUCGUGUACGAAGAACUGCUAGCGAACUACCUCUCUCACGUUCACUUAACCAAAGCCUUCCUACCUCAUCUGUCGAAGCAGACUAACCCGACAGCUUUGGUAUACACCACCUCGCAACUCAGUCUCAUCCCUAUGAAACGCUGCCCCAACUACAGUGGUUCGAAGGCCGCUAUGCACGGCUUCAUCUUAGCUCUCAGAGCACAGCUAAAGGCUGCUUCCAGCCGGGUCAACGUCAUUGAGGUUUACCCUCCUGCUGUUCAAACUGAGUUGCAUGACGCCAAGAACCAGCCAGACUUGAAGAACGGGCAUGAGAUCGGAAUGCCUGUAGCUGAUUUCGUUGACGAGGUCUAUGAGAGAUGGAAAGCUGGAGAAGAACAGAUUCCUGUCGGCACAGCGAAGCCCAUGUUUGAUGCUUUUGAGAACAGGAGGCAGGAGUACUUUGGCACUUUCAACAGGGAGAUGGACGAGGUACUGGUUGAUUUCACGGCAUGA